AAUCACUGCACUAACUUUCAUUACCAUUGUCGUCGUCGUCGUCGUCACUGCAUUUGAAGCAGUGGUGUUCGUGUGUAGGAUGGGUUCAAUGGGACACCGCUCGGGCUUCAGGAGAUUGUUUGACGAUGUGUCGGUCUUGAGGGUUUGCGCGUUGCUGCCGUGAAGGACAAGUUGUUCUCGUUUAGUAGUUCCGGGAAAAUGGUGCGUCGUGUGUUGUUGGGGUUCGAGGGCGGGCUAGCAGAAUCAUGGGAACAGGGCUUAGGCGGAACUCGAAUGGAUCGCAGUUGCAGGCUCGAUUGAAGAGGGUGUUUUAGGUAGAAUAUGCCGACUUGCCUGCGCAACUGCGCAAUUUGGUCCUGCAUUGUGAAGUGUUUCGUUCACGUGGUUGGACAACGGGCUUACCGCAGAAGAAGUUCCCUAGGUGCUCUUUGUGGAGCGGAGUUCGACGACUAAGUGAAUGCAUCCUCUGUGAAACGUAUUUUGGCAAGAAGGCCUUUAUGGUACAACAGAAAUAUCUCAUGUUUCCCUAUAGAACACAUUCAGUUUAAGGGCCUGAAGUUGCCGUGUUGCACGGAUUUCGAAUACUGGCAGGGUAGUUCCAAUAUCGCAUCUGAUCACAUCUGGACAUUCGAAAGGUUGAACGAGGUCAUCGCAUCAUCUUCUUGUGCUAUCGAAUGCCAAAUACAUGCAGAGUCUAAGCCGGAUGACUUCUUUCAGCUUCUAAGUAUGCAAGCAUUUAUACCUAUCUGGAUCCCCUCUUUCAUAUUUUCCAGGAUACUGAUGGGGCGUACAUAAGCUGCAAUAUUAGGGAACUUACCGCAUUUUGAUCCCCACCUACGAAAAUGGGGAAUUGUGUGGGAAGAGCUGAUGACUACGUCCUUCACCACGAACGAAACAAGUGGAUUGUGAAGUACGGCCAGCAAGUUGUGAGGGGUUUGCUAGACUGUGAGAAUAGUAAUCUGAUGACUUUCAACAGAAAAUAUGCUGCAACUGAAACCGCCUUGUCCUGCCACAAGAAUCUGUACAGCAAUUGCUUUGAUCCCUGUUUUCCGUUGCCUUCUGAGCUGAAAUUGAUUGAUCCCAAGAUUGUCGAAAAGCUUGGGGCAGAAAGAAAGUUUUCCAAAGGAGCCGCGGUCGUCCCUGAGGUCCCGAAACCGCUGAUUGGCGACAGGGUGAUAAGAGAUGCGAAACAAACAGGUGUUAAGCAGGUGAUUUCCGCCAAGGAGAAGUCUUUCCCUAGGGGAGGGGAGACUGCUCCUAGUACCGCUGCCGAUCUUAAUGUAUACGUUGUGACGUGGAACAUGAAUGGCAAGGUUCCCAACAACUUUGCCGAUCUCUUUGAUGUAUCUGGAGAAAGUCACGACUUCUUCGUCGUUGGCCUUCAGGAAGCACCGAAUUUUGACGCCAAAACUUGUAUAUCUGAGAUAUUGGGUGAUAAGUACUGCUUGGUUGAGUCAUCUGUUUUGAUGUCACUUCAGCUAUUUAUUUUUUCCAAGCGAUCUCUUAAGCCUUUUAUUUCAGGGGUAAAAGUAGAUAAAGUUUGGGAAAAAGGUCUAAGUGGUAUCGUGGGUAAACAAAAAGGAGCAGCAGCAGUACGCCUUCAUUUUGGAGACAAGUCAUUCCUCUUCAUUACUUCACAUCUGGCUGCGCACGAAUCCAACUUGAAGGCUCGCAAUGCUCAAUGCGCACACAUAUGUCACAGCCUAUUUGCAAGGUCAUCAGUGUACUCCUGCUUCCAACCUGGAACGAAUACAGAUGACUUGAAUUAUCGGGUGCCGGGAGUGCCAUCUAACGUUGUGGAGGAGUCUGAUGUAGUAAUUUGGCUCGGAGACUUGAAUUACCGUUUGGAAUUGCCUCGAAGAUUCGUCCAAAACUCGAUCAAGAACAAAAACCUGCAGGAGUUGUGGGCGAAAGACCAGUUAUCUGUUUCACUGCGGAAGGGGCAGGCCUUCAAAGGGUUUCAUGAAGGACCGCUUCUGUUCGCACCUACAUUCAAAUAUGAUGUUGGCACAGACAACUACGACACAGGUCCCAAGGAACGUGUACCUUCUUGGACUGAUAGAAUCCUUUAUAAAACCACUAACGUCAAGGCGGAGCUGCGGAGUUACGAUGCAAUCAGCUCCGUGAAGACUUCUGACCAUCGACCUGUGGAAGCCCACCUUACAUUCAAGAACCUGUUAUGAUUCAUCUGCCUUUCAAUUUUUAAUAUUUAUAGCAUAAUUCAUACUUACUACAUGCACGCCACAUAUUAGUUCCUCGAACCUUUUUGAUUGUAAUAGAUCCGGAAUUAGUUUAGGGCAUAGCUGGUGCUGCAUCGAUGCCUAAGAAGAAACCAUUCUAAAUGUAAACAGCGCAUGUUUAGGUAUUCAGACAGAGUUUGUGGGGUUGCAGGAGUUGUCUCGAAUAUCUGAUCACCACCACCUUCAAACACCAUAUAUGAUUCAUUUUUCUGAUCAAAUGGUCAGUUAGGACACUUAAUCGUGGCCUAUGUAUAGAAGCGGUAAUCCACGACCGGUACAUCGUGAUAUGUAUUAAUGAUUGGAAAUUGUUAUUCUACAUUAAGGAAAUUAAAUUUUUUGAAAUCAGAAAAAGAUUACUGGACCA